CGCGUUGAGGCGUUAGGGCGUCGAGGCGUGGCGUUCGUUUAUUCUUGGGGUGCACGACGAAGUCCAAUACCUGGAGAUUGCAGCGCAGGCUUCUCUUCUCCAAACUCGUCAACUGACUGCACAUCAACGCACAAUCUCAAAUUUCCACUCAUUGCCGGUUCCUGCACAUCACAUCGUCUUCCAAACCCCCUCUUCGCCCACAAUGCCCACGCCAGAACCCAGCGAAUACGUGACAAUCGUCUCAUCAGACGGCUUCGAAUUCAAGAUCCUGCGGUCCGCGGCGUGUAUAUCCGGGGCGCUGAGGAAGGCUUUUGACCCAGCUUCUGGAUUCAGAGAGCAAGUCGAGAGUCGGUUCGUGCUGGAGAAUUUCCCCGGCGUCGUCGUUGAGAAAAUCUGCGAAUACCUGUACUACAACCAGAAGUACGCAGAAGCAAAGGACGUCCCAGAUAUGGAGAUCCCGGCGGAGCUGUGCCUGGAACUGGUGACGGCGGCGGAUUAUCUGGACUGUUGACGUUGAGAAAAGAUGAAAGGGUGGAAGACUGUAGUGAUGGCUCCGAACUUGAGCCGUGGAAUGGGGAAAAGGGAGCAAUGACUGGUUUGGGAAAGAGAGUAAUGUGAUUAUGACGGUUCUAUCCUUUACACGUCGUUACGACGGAACAGGAGUUGCAAGAUGGAAGAGAGGGUUUUCAUUCGAGGAACAAGGAGGUGUUUUUCAACAGAGAGGCAUCACACGGCGCACGGAGUCAAACAGGUCAAAAUCAGGUCGAACUCUCAGUUAUACGUGCAUCUGCAUGGAUAAGCACGUUCUGCACCCCGCUUCCACUACCUUCGAGAUUCUCGUGCCGCCCUACCCAACUUCCAGGAAUCCCAAGAACCCCCUCCCCGUCUCUCUCCCCCAUUCUUCCCACCACCAGGCCCUCUCCUCUUCCA